CCAAACUUGUGCGCACUUAAAAAGAAAAAGAAAACUAUCUCGACUAUUCGAUUCAAAAUUGGAAGAUCAUUCAUUGCUAGCGAUACCAAUUAACAACUUGCCCUUCCUUGAUUGAACUAUUUUUUUGGUUUUGAACGAAAUAACAUUUUUUCGCGGUAGCUCUUUGGUUUCGUAACCAAACUUUUUCGUUGAUCCUUUCAUUUUUUCUCUGCCCGAAUGUUGAACAUCAAGCGCGGACGAGCGAAAGCAGUCAGAAUGAAAACGUUUGUUUCUGAACGGGCUGCGGCUCAAUGUUUGUUAUGCUUCGUGUUAGCGCUGACGGUGACUGAGUGUCUUCCGCUUUUCGAGACGGCCACGGCUGCUUCCGCUGCAUCGUCAACGUCGCCCUAUGUCGAAGAUCUGCUUCGUCUCUAUAACGUUAGCAACGAAGAUGUGGAGGCUUCUCGUCAAAAGCAAAUCGCCACCCGUCAUUCCGCCAGUGUCAAUCAUCGCCAUUUGCCGCCAACCAUCAAUCGCCAUCAACAACACGAGCAGCACUUGUCGUCGCUGCACCUACCGGAGGCGGCAUCACCUGCGUCCAGUCUAGACGCUCAAAUUAUCAUUCAUCAGCGAAAUAGAUCAAAUGUGACUGUUAAUAUGAGCACCAGGUCGGCCUUUCAACGCAAACAGGAGGUCAUCCGCAACAUAUUGGAUUUUGUCAACCAAAACGGUCGUCCUCAAAUGCCAUCAGGCGGCUCGCCGCUCGGUCCGAUUCCUCCGUUCUUUUCGCCUUUCUCGCGUCCAGACGCCACAGCCGACCUCUAUGAACGUACCCGCUACCUACAGCCAUCAUGUGAAACCCCAAAACAUACGGAUGAUGAAAUGUGGUCUACAGGAGCCACUUUACCUUUAUCGCUGCACUUGUUUUUUAACCUGAGCGGCAUUCAAUCUCAAACUCGCCAUGGCUACCAACUCUACGUCACCGCGGCCAAGUUACGUCUAUUCAAAUUCGCUGAGGGAGAGGCAAUGCCAUCGACCUCUUCGCCUACGGAAUCGGCAGAUGCGAAUCUGGCGUCCGAUAGACUGGAACCGAAUGUCCAAACGUUGAAAGCCGUGCCCUUCUUCGAGCCUCCAUUGCAUGCUUCUUACGAAGAGAAAAUACGAGUUUCAGUCCACAAUUAUACUCGCGCCUUGAAACGCAAUCGUGUUCAGAAGAAGAAGUUGCUCGACUCGCAGAUGGCUUUGGCCAAAGAAGAGGGUUACAUGGAGUUGGACAUCAAGCUGGCUGCUCGAUGGUGGCUUGCCCCAGGUGGCCGUAACUUUGGACUUGUCAUCGAAGUCGAAGACACAGACGGCCAACGUAAACCAAUCACUCAAUUCUUCCGCCCGCGCAAUUGCUCUCCAGAAAGUGGUUCUGCACGGUCAGACGAACUCACCGAUCCGGCUAAUGUGGCCUCGCCUGUCCUCGAGCUAACCCUGAUUGAAAUGCCAGAAGGUAAAAGCGUGUUCGAGGUGCCAUCGAAUGCAGCCAGAGGUAGAAGCGACGACAUGGAAAGCACUAGCAAUGACGACGGUGAUGCUUUCGCCGAAUUAAUGGACGAAUCAUCCCCUAGAAGACACCGACACCAGCAUUCUGUCCAGGCUGUUCACGCUUCUCAAGAAGAACAGGCAGAUGAGGCCGUCUUUCGAGUCAACAAUCAUUCGGCAAAGCAUGGCGUGCCCUACAAUCCAACGGCUCAUCAGGUCGGCAAGCAUCACAGGACUAUGAAUCCAUCGACAAGUCGCUUGGGCCACGGUCAGGCAUUCAACCAUCGUUCCACACCGUCUCCAGUGCCUACGUUGGCUACCCUCGAAGAUCACGAUCUGUUCCGUGACACCGAAGAAGAGGAAACGACGCGUGCCGAAAUUGAUGGCUCCCGUUUCCAGUUACGCCCCACCAACCUGUUCAUGCAGAGGAUGAUGCAACACCAUCAAAGUCAGCAGCACACUCACUCGAAUUCAAAGCCGGCUCACCAUUCACGGACGAAAGACAACAGGAAGCAAUAGAUACUUAGUUCACUGGCAUCUACCAGCAUGGACGGCAUUCGUUUACGCGAGCGAAUAACAUAGAACAAAAACAAAAAAAAAAUAACUAAUGAUGUGUUGGAAUGCGCUAUGUAAAAAAAAAAGCAAAUGUAGUUAUGCCCGUACGAUCGAUUAGCGCUCGAUGGGUAAACACUGUCGAAAUUUCAUCAAUCCCCCCCCCCCCCCCACGCUCUUAUUAUUAUUAUUAUUUCCUGUUCGCUUUAGACUUUUUUUCCUUUUCGUUCCGGUCCUAUUACAGUCUGAUUGCUUGAAUCGGGGUAACGCCCAAUUUCAAGUUGAAUAUUUCAAACAAACAAACAAAAAAAAAAUGGUAAACGUACAUCAAUGAAAUAAAACUUAUUGUACCCUCCCCUUCAACACUUACAAUAACUUUUCCGCUCACGUCUUGCAUGUAAAUUAAAAAUGAAGCCAACCUUCUUAUGUCAAAAUCAAAUACCGCAGGUAUAUUACUGAUCUAGAAUUGCCGACUACGUAGACUAGACUGCAACUGUGUAACAGACGCGGCCAACCAUUCCUACCUAAUAGGUAUCCUCUCAUUCUUUUAUUAUUAUUAUUAUUAUUUUUAAAAUCCGGAAAACGAUUGGAUCUGAUAGAUCACACCGAUUCUUUAGGUUCCCGCUAAAAUUAAAUAAAAAAUUUCCAAAUCUUUUGUCCGGCCCUUUAGCUUCUUUACAGUUUUAAUUGCAAUAGCGUCAUCAUGUUAGCCUCAUAGCGCUUGAUAGAAUUCAAACUCGUUUUUGUCACUUAUACUUUUUCCAUGUCACAACAACACUCUCGCCAUUACUUUGUCAGCGUUUCCCAGUUGAACUGAGUUUGUUUUGGCGGCACAUGUACAUAUGUCAAGAAAAAUAUUUAGCACGCCAGGUACCGCGUGCUGCCCAAUGCUAAUUUAUAUACAGUGAAAAAAAAAAAUGACUAAACAAAGCAAAUCGAUGACAGUUAUAAUGGCUCCCAGACAUUACGUUCCUGUAAUAGUUCUGUCUUUCGGCAGAACCCUUGUCCCUGUUACCUAUUUAAUAUCGUUGUACGGUAUUUACAUGUGAAUAAACGUGAAAACAAACAUGA